GUCUUGUCAUCCUAACUUGCAAAAGCUCUAUCAAGGGAUGGUCCUGUUGACGAUGGAAGUUCAGGUCUCAAAGCCGCCGAGGUUCAGUUAUCAGCUAUUGCCCGUCCGUUUUGGUACCCCUGCCUAGCCGCAGCUGGAUCCGACACUGAUAAGGCCUCCCGGACGACUAAGCAGAAGCCAUGCUGACGGAGACGCUGCUGGGUUUCCUGCUGGUGGUGCUGCUGUUCGUCUUCGUCAACAGGAAGCCGCCGAACCUCCCGCCAGGCAAGUGGGGAUGGCCCGUGAUUGGCUGCCUUCCCUCCGACGACGUGUCCCUCGGCGAGCAGGUCAUGGAGCUCAGGAAGAAACACGGGGAUAUCAUUUCAUGGCGCAUGGCCAGUCGAAUCUUCAUUUUCUUCUGCGACCCGAAGCUCAUCAAAACCGCUUUCUCCAAGCUGGAAUUCUCCGACAGACCCGACUUCUAUAGCUUCGAUGUCUUCUCCAAUUUCACUAAAGCUGGUCUCACCAACAUCAACGGGAAACUAUGGGUAAACAACAGGACCUUUGCCCUUCGCCACCUGAAGCACCUGGGCAUGGGGAAGUCCUACUUAGAAGAAGCAGUUCAUUACGAAGCAGCGUGCAUGGUGGAGGACUUCAAGAAACACACGAACAAAGUGGGACGCCUGCCUUGGUCUCUGAAUGUGGCGAUCCUCAACGUCAUCUGGAAAAUGAGUGCAAACCAGCGCUUCGACGUGGACGACCCUGAGAUCCAGAGGUUCAGCAAGAUCAUCAGGUCCCUCUUCGACGACUUCCAGGGCCCCGUGGUGUGGUUCGACCUCAUGCCCUGGCUUAUCCCCAUCGCCCCGACCUUCGUCAAGCGGUGGAUGGGCAUCGAGCAGUUGAAGGAUAAGAUACAGGAGAUUUUCGAGUAUAUGGAAAAUUCCAUCAAAGAGCACCAGGUUAAGCUGGACCCACAAAACCCUAAAGAUUAUAUCGACGCUUACUUGCUGGAGAUGGAAGAGCAGAAGAAUGACCCCGAGUCCACUAUGAGCCUUUUCGACCUGAAAGUCUGCAUGGCCGAUCUGUUCACGGCUGGCAGCGAGACGACCUCCGCGACCAUCCGAUGGGGGCUGUUCCUGCUGGCGAAGCACCCCGAGAUCCAGGCGAAGGUGCAGAAGGAGAUCGACUCUGUGUUUCCCAGGGACGUCCUCCCUUCCAUUCAGCAGAGAAACAGCUUGCCCUACCUGGAAGCCACGUCACUUGAAGUCCAUCGCUAUUCCUCUAUUGUUCGUCUUGGUUUUCUCCACUUCUGUAACAAGGACACGGAGUUCAUGGGUUACACGAUUCCAAAGGGCGCUGUGCUCUCCCAACACCAUGAAUGCUGCCACACGGACCCCGCCUACUGGGAGAGACCGAACGAAUUCUACCCCGAGCACUUCCUCGACGACCAAGGAAACCUCCUUACCAAAAAGGAGGGUUUCAUGCCGUUUUCUCUGGGACGCCGCCAGUGCCCAGGGGAACCACUCGUCAGGAUGGAGCUCUUCGUCUUCUUCUCCGCCCUCCUGCAGAACUUCGUCUUCUCGGUCCCUGAGGGCAAGGAGCUCCGGCUGGAGAAGAACGCGCAAGAUUCCUUCCUCAACAUGCCAAAGGAUUUGGAAAUUGUUAUCACAAAGAGGCCUUAAAAAUAGAAUUCCCUUUUCUCUCUCUUUCGUUUACUCUCUUUCAUGCGCUCUCUCUCUCUCUCUCUCUCUCUCUCUCUCUCUCUCUCUCUCUCUCUCUCUCUCUCUCUCUCUCUCUCUCUUGUGGAGAGUAAUCUUUCUCAACUUAAUUUACUUUGCGGUUUUCGAGUUCUUUAAUAUAUUGUUCGCAAGCUUAUUGUAAAAAACGAACGCAUUUAGAAAAGGAAAGUAUUUGAACUUAUAUAUGGCUUUCUUUUCAUCUUGUAGUUCAAGUUUCUCAUGCCAAUGCAUAUAAUGUCGCUCCAUAAUGCCUAAGAUAUAUGACAUAUGUACCUAAUACAUUAUAACCAGUGCAGGUUUAUUUGUAUACGACUUAUCCACAAGAUAUAUCAUAGACAGAGUUUUGAGGUUUUAAGCCUAAUGGUGUCAAGUGUAUAGCUCAUUUGUUUCCUCUUUAUUCUCUCUUUUUCUUUCUCUUUCUCUUUCUCUUUGUCUUUUCUCUCUCUUUCUCUCUCAUCUCUCUCUUCCUCUUCCUCUUCCCCUCUCUCUCUCUCUUUCUCUCUCCACCUGUCAUAAUGAUGACAAAAUUCGAAAUUAGCGAAUGAAUUCCAUUAGUCAACACGAAUAUGAACGAUAAUUCAAAAUACGAUUGACUGACAGGCAUGGAUGAUUUCAUCUGUCUCCUCUAUCAGUUUCACUAAUUAUUCAGAAAGCUAUUAGCAAAGGAAAGUAGGAUCACUAGUCUCUUGUAACUCAUUCUCGCCUUCCCUGUGCAGGUAUCUGUAUUAUUAAGCUAAUAAAUAAUUACAGGAGAA